GAUGUGUUGACAGUCUGCAGGGCGACGGAAGUUGCCUGCAUCCUCAUCAGUAAACUUCUUGGUGUGUUUCAUGCUGACACUCACUAGAGAGGAGGGUUUUGGAAUACUGGCCUCCAUGUUAGCACAGACCUGCCCCAGCUGCUAUGUCCUCCACCUCCAUGUCAGCAUCCACUGGUUGUGGUGGUGGUGAUGCUGCAGCUGCCAUGGCAACCCAGGCGUUAGAGCAGGCUCUGCUGGCCUCAGAUCACUACGCCAGACUCAUCCUGGCCCAGAUGAACAAGAUGCGGCUCCGCACAGAUUUCUGCGAUGUGGGGCUGAAGGUGGGCAGCCGGGUCUUCAUGGUCCACCGCCUGGUGCUCGCUGCUAGCAGCCCUUACUUCUCCGCUCUGUUCUCCGGGGGGAUGAGGGAAGCAGAUAAAGAGGAGGUGCAGAUCCUCGGAGUGGAGACUCAAGUCUUUGAGAUUCUGCUGGACUUCAUAUACACAGGCGUGAUCAGCGUGACAGUGGAGAACGUCCAGGAGCUGAUGGUGGCAGCGGACAUGCUGCAGCUGAACGAGGUGGUGUCUAUCUGCGGAGAGUUCCUCAAGGGCCACAUGGACCCGUCCAACUGUGUGGGCAUCUUUCAGUUCCUGGAGCAGAUUGCCUGCAUGGAGAUGCUGGAGUUCACAGAGAACUACAUUCAUGUUCACUUUCUGGAGGUAUGUGUGACCGAUGAGUUCAGGGGCCUGUCGAAGGAUCAGCUGGUGAGGCUGCUGAGAAGUGAAGAGCUGAGGAUCGAGGAUGAGUACCAGGUGUUCACGGUAGCCAUGGACUGGGUCCUCCAAGACGUGGCAAAGAGGAAAAAGCACGUAGUGGAGGUGUUGGAGCCAGUCCGAUUCCCUCUGCUGUCCCCACAGAGACUGUUCAAGUACAUAGAGGGUAUUACCGACUUCAGCCUGCGGGUGGCACUGCAGACUCUUCUUAAAGAAUACACUGAAGUCACAAAGUCUCCCAAAGAGAAUAAGAUGUACAGCCAGCUCCAACCAGCCAAGAUGAGACCCAGAAGGAAAGCCCGGAAAUACCUGUAUGCUAUAGGGGGCUACACUCGGCUGCAGGGCGGCCGCUGGAGUGACAGCCGGGCGUUGAGUUGUGUGGAGCGUUUCGACACCUUCAACCAGUACUGGACUACCGUGUCGUCCCUGCACCAGGCCCGCAGCGGGCUGGGGGUGGCUGUGUUGGAGGGCAUGAUCUACGUGGUGGGAGGAGAGAAAGACUCAAUGAUCUUCGACUGCACUGAGAGGUACGACCCGGUGACCAAGCAGUGGGCCGCAGUGGCGUCUUUGAACUUUCCGCGCUGUGGGGUCGGCGUCUGCCCCUGUCACGGAGCUCUGUAUGCACUUGGGGGUUGGAUCGGCUCCGAAAUCGGGAAGACGAUGGAGCGAUACGACCCGGAGGAGAACCGCUGGGAGGUGAUCGGAAGCAUGGCUGUCCCUCGGUACUACUUCGGCUGCUGUGAGCUACAAGGCUUUAUUUAUGUGAUUGGAGGCAUCAGUGACGAGGGAAUGGAGCUGCGUUCAGCUGAGGUGUACGACCCUAUCUCCCGCCGAUGGAGCGCCCUCCCCGUCAUGGUCACACGUCGGGCCUACGUGGGCGUUGCCUGCCUCAAUAACUGCAUUUACGCCGUGGGCGGCUGGAACGAGGCGCUGGGGGCACUGGAGACGGUGGAGAAGUACUGUCCAGAGGAGGAGAAAUGGAUGGAGGUGGCGUCGAUGUCCACUGCUCGUGCCGGCGUUUCAGUGUCAGCGGUCAACGGGCUGCUGUACGCCGUCGGGGGCAGGGCGGCCAGCAGAGACUUCUCCGCCCCGGUGACGGUGGACUCGGUGGAAAUCUAUGACCCUCACCUGGAUACCUGGACGGAAGUGGGCAACAUGAUCACCAGCCGCUGUGACGGAGGGCUGGCUGUGCUCUGAUAAACAACACAUGUGAACAGCCAUGUCUCCUACAAACAGUAAACACUGUGGAAAGCGGCACCUUAAGGAACACAAAAAGGAGUUUCUGUCUCGAAUACGCUUUCACAGGAUCCUAUAUGUUAUUUAUACAUGGAUUACUGUGGUGGCCGACAGGGGCAAACGCCUUACAACGGCCUAAGACAUUUCCAUUGAGUGAAACGUGCUUCCGUUUCAAAAACAGUGCACAUAACACAGUCAUGUGCCAAAACAAAUAAACAAAUAGAAAAACAUCUUCACCAACUUCACGCAACAUACGCAGCAUUUAUUAAAAGUGCUGCGUAAACAGAACGCGUCAAAUACGAAGCACUGCAAAUAAAGAAACCCUACGAGAAGCAUUGAAACACAACGGGAACGGACACUAAAAAGUGUUGCACACAGCUGGAAUCAGAUCGCGUGUUGGUGUUCGGGGAUUAUAAAGUUUGCCAAAGAUGACCGUCACUGGAAACUUACCUAAAAUGUUUUAUUGGCUUAUUUAAAAAAUGCGAUUGCAUGGUUCCUUCCGACAUUAUGGCAGAUCUGCUUUAAGCUAGCUAACGUAGCUAACAUGGUCAUUUCAAAUAUACUGAAAAAAGACUUAAAAUGAUCAAGCAAAAAAACUAUCUCUUGUUUUUAGUGAAUGCUGCGCAUGUUUCGUCAUGUUGUAAAAAUAUGUUUCUUCAUUUGCAUGUGUUUUGGCACAUUGGUGUUUUUAUUAUGUGCAUCGUUUUGUGAAGCUGCAGCGCGUUUACACUUGUCAGCCACCGUAGUUUCAUUAUUUCUCUUUUACAUUCAUUAAGCAUACGACAGCAGAUUUAAAACUGGAAAGCCACCAAAACUGCUACUCGCCUUUGUCCCUAUUUUAUUUCACUUGACACUUUUACAAGAAUAUCAAUGGGAACACUGGUUUUCCCAUCUUGUGUAUUUAAAGACAAAGCGAUCCUUGUGAUAAGGACAUUUUUUCACAGCGAUGGAGUCCUAAUUUGGAUGUUUUUUUAACUUAGUUUUUCUUCCUACGUGGAACAUACUUUAGAUAAGAUAUGAAAGUACUGUUUUUCUGUUUGAUUUUUCCUUAUUUUUCUUUAAUGAAAUGUUUAAGUGCAUUGCUACUUGGAGGACUGAUCAAACCACUUGAGCCUAUUGUAAUAAUGGAACCGAAGUUCCAUGGUAAGGGAUUCCUGUAAAAUACUUUACAACUUGAACAGCACACCACCGUUGUCACACUCAAAAAUAUUCACUGGAUUAUUUUUGUAUAUAUAUCAUGUGAUUCUGUAUAUAAUAAUGCCUCUUAGUCUCUAUGUAGACUCGAAAAGAGUGUUGGAUCAUUUCACUCAUCAGUGGCAUCUGACAUUACUACGAUGUUGUAACAUAAUUAUGAGAUGUAGAAAUGUUUCACCUUUUUAUGGUAAUUUAUGUCAUCAUUUGCAAGCUGAGUGCACAUCUAAGUACAUUUCCUUACGGUUCUCCCUUUUCAAACAUCAAAAUAACAAUGUUACAUAACCUCUUUUAUUGGUUGUUUUUCAGACUGAAUAAACUUCAUGAAGAGUAA